AUGCAGAACCAAACAAUUCUAUUGAAGCAAACUCGUCCGCUAGCGGUUCGGACAGUCCCGGAAAAGAUAAUAAUCCGCCCGCUAUUGUUGAGAUUAAAGGAAAGUCAGGCUCGUCGAAUUCUUCUGUUACAAUUGACAGAGAUCCUAAGCUAUUUGAAAUCAUUUUGAGAUAUCUUCGAGGCUAUAAUAUAUUUCCACUUUCUUCAGUCAACUUACCACCAGGAAUGUCCCUUGACCUCUUUCGAGAAAGUUUAUUAGAGGACGCACGGUUUUAUCGUUUAGACCGGCUCGCACAACUUCUUCAGGCCGAAACACCUACACCGUUAUGUUAUAAAGAUCCGUUUACAUCAGCAGAUAAGAUCCUUUUAUCCCUUCGCGAUGUGCCAAUUCACAAAGAUUUCAUCAAAUCCAAACUUGAUGGAUCAUCCACUAUUGAAUUCUUUACCGGAGCGGUGCUUACUAUUGAACUAGAGCCAUCAGAAGUCUCUAUACGGUUUCAUACAAAAUUUUUAAACGAACAAGAUCAAAAAGCUUUAGAAACAUUGGGAGAGAUUUGUGGAGAAAACUCACAAAUUCAAUUUUCAAGACAGCUUUACGCUAACAUGCAAGAUACGUUGAAUGGCAUACGAUUAGAAAUUGAUGGGGUGCAGGUCACUGGUAUGGACAUUGCUUCCAUAGAAGCUUAUAAUCAGAGUAAUCAGAGGGUCAAGGCGUUAGAAGAUAUGUUUAGGAUUUCUGGAGGUCAACGUUUAGUCAUAUAUGCGCAAGAAUUUGUUUUUAGACUGGAUCGAAUUCAACUUUCUACUAUUGAUGCAAACCAAAUAAGUUCAGACACUAUUGAUAGUAAUCAAAACUGUGAUGAUCCUGUUGACCUCAAUGGCGUGAUCCCUUCAGACAGCAAUGGAAUGAAAGUAGCUGUCAAAGAUGGACAAGAAUACAUUGAACGUCCUAAUGACGAUGCCAAUAGAACAAAUACAGCUGAAGUGGAUGAUCGUGGUCAUAAUGAAGAGAGUAAUAUUAGUAGCGUAACGAUCGAAAACAAUAGCAACAAUAAUACAAACGAAG